AAGCAGAGGUGGGAGUGGGGUUUCUGUGGAGUGUGUGAGAGUCCUGGAGUGAAGGGAGACAGCAGAGAGAGGGAGGCAGACAGGGAGACGCACUGACUCUGAGCACAAGUGGAUGAAAGAGCAAUGGAGACGCAGAAAGCCGGCGCACUGUCUGGUGUCCUGUAGAGAGAGAUGCUUGAAUGUGGGAAUGAAGAGGAAGAUUUCUGCUGAAGGCUCCAGAUUGUUUUCAGAGAUGGCACGGAUUUGUUGUCCUGCACAGUUGACAAAGAUGACAUAGCACUUGAGAAAAAUGGGAAUCCUCCAGGGACAGAAUACACUCACAACCUAAAUGAGAGGAGAAGCCAGUGGAUCUAAGUGUUCUUCCGUUUAGUGCUUGACAAGCAUCGAGGGUGAAAUAUGAAUCUGGGCAACGCACUUUUGUUUUUGCUGCUCUCCACUUGUGUAACAAUGACUCUGUCACUGUCCACCUGCACCACCGUGGACAUCGACCACAUCAAGAAGAAGAGAGUGGAGGCAGUGCGGGGACAGAUCCUCAGCAAGCUGCGGCUGACCAGUCCGCCUCAGACCACGGGUCCGAGUCAGGUGCCGUAUCAGGUUCUGGCUCUCUACAACAGCACCAAGGAGCUGAUCGAGGAGCUGGGACGGGACCGGCAGCAGAGCUGCGGACAGGAUAACACAGAGACCGAGUACUACGCCAAAGAGAUUUACAAGUUCAACAUGAUUAAUGGUCCGCCGGAAAACAAUGAUCUCCCCAACUGCCCGAAGGGAAUCACCUCCAAGGUGUUCCGGUUCAAUGUCUCCACGAUGGAGAAAAACUCCACCAACUUGUUCCGGGCAGAGUUCCGAGCCCUGAGGAUCCCCAAUGCCGGUGCCAAGAGGAACGAGCAGCGCAUUGAGCUGUACCAGAUCCUCCAGAAAGACGACCCCAAAGCCAAGCAGCGCUACAUAGGGGGCAAGAACGUGCUCACCAAGGGGACGCCAGAAUGGGUGUCCUUUGAUGUGACGGAGACGGUGCGGGAGUGGCUGAUGUACCGACAGACAAACCUGGGCCUGGAGAUCAGCGUGCACUGUCCCUGCCACACCUUCAAGCCCAACGGUGACAUCAUCAAGAACGCCAACGAGGUGCUGGAGGUCAAGUUCAAAGGGAUGGAGCCAGAGCACGAUGACCAGGCGCUGAGAGAGCAGCUGUACCCUCAUCUCAUCCUCAUGAUGCUGCCACCACACCGGCUGGACACACAGUCGUCGUCACGCAGGCGAAAGAGGGCGCUGGAUACGAAUUACUGUUUCAACAAUUACGAGGAAAACUGCUGUGUGCGACCACUAUAUAUCAAUUUCCGGCAGGACCUGGGGUGGAGGUGGAUCCACCAGCCGGAGGGCUACUACGCCAACUUCUGCUCCGGUCCAUGCCCUUACCUCCGCAGCACUGAAACCACCCACAGCUCGCUGCUGAGCCUCUACAACACCCUCAACCCGGAGGCCUCUGCGUCCCCCUGCUGCGUCCCUCAGGACCUGGAGCCGCUCACCAUCCUGUACUACGUGGGUCGCUCGCCGAAGGUGGAGCAGCUCUCUAACAUGGUGGUCAAGUCCUGCAAGUGCAGCUAAGAAGCUUUGGCACGGAACCCGAGACUUCAGGACUCUCCUGGACAUCCCGUAACACCACUUCACCGACAUCAAACUGAUGGACCUCUUGUCGUCGGCAUCACUUCCAGCAGUCGUGUCCAGCAUGUACCUCAGCGUCUAACAUCAGUAUUUAAAACAGUUCAAUGACCACUGCAUCUGUCAGGACGUCCCCAUGUUUGCUACGGCAGACUGAACUCAGAUCGCCACCACACGAAGGACAUCGUUGAAUGUCCGAGCUGACAAAACUUUGCUGCACUUCCUGUUUAUUUAGGAUGCUGUAAAUAAACUAACACAAAUGCUGGAACUUAAAAGUAGUUCUCCCACAGUUUUGCUUACCUCUGUGACAAACUUCCAGGGAUUGUUUCGUUGAACAGCGGUUGUACGAGACGGCGUACGUCACUAAGUGAACCUCCAAACACCAACUGUAAAUGUCUUUGUUUUUAUUACCCUUGAAACACUUUUUUUUAAUUAAAACCGGCUAGAAUUUCUUUGUCACCGGUUCAAAGGUGUGUUUUCCUGCUAGCAUCGAGCUACAUUAAACUACUUCCUAUUCAGACACUCAGAAUCUUUGUCUUU